UCCUGCCAGCCUAAAAGAACAAGUCGACGGUCCACCCGAUGACAACAACAAAUAGCCAGACGAAGGAAAGAUGUCGGGCGAAAGGGAGACAAUUCUCUCCGAUUAUCGCAGGAGGCUCAUUGAACACCGGGAGGUCGACUCGAAAUUGAGGAAACAACGAGAGGAGAAGAAAGAACUAGACAAACAGUAUGACAAGAGCGAGAAUGACCUCAAGGCCCUGCAGAGCGUCGGGCAGAUUGUUGGGGAGGUCCUGAAGCAGCUCACAGAGGAGAAGUUCAUUGUGAAGGCAACAAAUGGACCUCGAUAUGUGGUGGGAUGCAGGCGGCAGCUAGACAAGGGGAAGCUCAAGCCUGGUACUCGUGUAGCUUUGGACAUGACGACGUUGACCAUCAUGAGGUAUUUGCCACGUGAAGUUGACCUAGUCUACAACAUGAGCCACGAAGACCCUGGUGAUGUUACGUACAAUCAGAUUGGUGGUUUGGCGGAGCAGAUCCGUGAACUCAGAGAGGUCAUCGAACUUCCUCUUCUUAACCCUGAGCUGUUCCACCGUGUAGGAAUCUCUCCACCCAAGGGUUGUCUUCUCUAUGGUCCACCAGGAACAGGAAAGACCUUGCUGGCUCGUGCUGUCGCAUCUCAGCUUGACUGCAACUUCCUGAAAGUUGUGUCCAGUGCCAUUGUAGACAAGUACAUUGGUGAGUCUGCCCGUCUCAUCCGAGAAAUGUUCAACUAUGCACGUGACCAUCAACCUUGCAUUAUAUUCAUGGACGAGAUUGAUGCCAUUGGUGGAGAAUUCUCUGAGGGUACAUCAGCUGAUCGUGAAAUCCAGAGAACUUUGAUGGAGUUGCUAAAUCAAAUGGACGGAUUUGAUUCUCUCGGCCAGGUCAAGAUGAUUAUGGCCACCAAUCGCCCCGACACCCUUGACCCUGCUCUCCUGCGUCCUGGCCGUCUGGAUAGGAAGAUUGAAAUUGCUCCCAAUGAGCAAGCCAGGUUGGAGAUCUUGAAAAUCCACUCUGGUCCAAUCACAAAACGUGGAGAGAUUGAUUAUGAAGCUGUUGUGAAACUGUCUGAUGGCUUCAAUGGUGCUGAUCUCCGGAACGUUUGCACAGAAGCAGGUCUCUUUGCCAUCCGCAAUGAGCGCGACUAUGUUAUAGAGGAGGACUUUAUGAAGGCUGUACGCAAGGUUUCCGACAACAAGAAGUUGGAGACUAAAUUAGAUUACAAGCCUAUCUAAUCCAGUAAUGUAAGAAUGCUGAAGUGUGUAUACGUGGUAUAUGCUAGCCUUUCUGUGACCACUUAUCUAUUUCUGUAUAAGAUGUUAUUCCUGAAAUAUUUCUAAAGUCAUAGGGUUCUAGGGAUUUUUGUUUUUUUGUUUUUUUCAACUCAAGUUGUUUUAAAUUGAGACUGAAAAAAGUUAUAAAUGCUAAUGAAAAUCUUUCACGCACAUAAAUGUUUUGUGGUGAAAGAUCCCGACUUCAUAUAGAAGUUAUAUAUAGGAAUAAAUGUGCUCAUAUUUUAAUAUUUAACUAUCUUUUCGGCUUAUGAAACUUGUACAUGUAGAAAUGGAAGUAAACUUUUUUUUUGUAUAAAGUAUUUUCUUCUCCUUCCAAGAUGAUAAAAGAGUUCAGUAAUUUUUGAGGAGCAUCAGAAAAAAUAUAAACUGAAUAAAAAUAUUGUAAUUCUGUCAAAACGAAGUAAGAUGAAGUUUAUGGCCAUACAUAAAAAAAUUUGAUAGCUUUUUGCUUCCAUUUAACAAAGAUAUUUCGCCUGGACCCAACAGGGUGGAGGGACCAUUUGAAUCUAAAGUCUACAUAAGUUUUUUAAAUAUCACAAAGGAGGAAUGUUUUGUAAUAUACAUGAUUUUAUGAUCUAAAAAGGUAAAUAAAUAUCAAGGAACAGGUGUUUUAUGCCUAUCUGGUAACUAUUAAAACCUUCACUAUGUUUUUGGAAUAUUAGAACUGGCCUGCCUUACCUGCUUUGUAAUGGCUGUACCAUUAGGCUAAUAGCAUUGUGCCGUUUUGGAUUACAUAUAAUGUUUCAUACAUAUUGUG